AUGACAGCUAUGACAGCUUGCAGCACUAGUGUCCGGGCACGAAGGGGUGCCGGAAAGGCACGAAUCGAAAACGUAAGCCGUAGCUGCCCGAGCCGUUUUGAGUGACAGCCAAUCCAACCAAUAGCAAGCCAGAACAUCCUCUGCUCUACCCAAUCAGCGCGAAGGGCGGAUUCUGCAUUAGCACCACCGGCAAGAUGGCGCCGGGAAGUAGUUUGUAAGAACACGAUCCCUCCAGAAAUCGCCAUGAAAGGAAAAGAGCGUUCUCCGGCCAAGGCCAAGCGGUCCCGGGGGGCAGAGGAAGCCAGCAGAGACCGCGGCAGCAAGAAACUCGGCUCGGCCGUCGGCAGUAACGGCAGCAGCUCCACAGCCAAGGCCUCGGAGAGCAGCGGGGGCCGCCGCGGCCUUCACCUGGACAAGGGCCUGUCCGGCGGCCGUGAGUACGAGCCGCCCCCCGGGAGAGGCGGCCAGGGCCUGCACAGCUAUGGCUCCCCGGGGGCCAGCAGCGGGAGCGGCAGCAGCGGGAAGGGAGGCGGCGGCGGGGAGAGCCGGGCGGGCGGCCGGGGGGCGGAGGCCGAGUACAAGUCCCUGCGGAUCAGCGAGCUGGGCUCCUCUCUGAGCGACGAGGCGGUGGAGGACGGUCUCUUCCACGAGUUCAAGAAGUUCGGCGACGUCAGCGUGAAGAUCUCCCGCGCGGGGGACGAGCGCGUGGCCCUGGUCAACUUCAGGCGCGCGGAGGACGCCCGGGCCGCCAAGCACGCCCGCGGCAGGCUGGUGCUUUACGACAGGCCGCUGAAAAUCGAGGCCGUCUACCUGAACACCGGCGGCGGGGGCAACAGGAGGCGCAGCCGCUCCCCCGGGGUGAAGGAGCCCUACUCCGCCAUUCCUAGCACCGUGCCGGCCCAGCGGCACCCGCCCGGCCAGCGAGGCCUCUCCCCUGCCGGCCUGGGAUACAGAGACUACCGGCUGCAGCAGCUCGCCCUGGGCCGGCUACCUCCUCCCCCUCCCCCACUGGCCAGAGACUUGGAUAGAGACAGAGACUACGGUGUGUAUGAGAACCGAGUGCGGCCUAGCUACCCGCUGGAGCCCCGCCUGAGCUUCAGGGAGGAGGUGAUCCCCCCAGAGGAUGACAAGAGAGCCAACAGGACUCUGUUUUUGGGCAACCUGGAUGUCACCGUCACAGAGAGCGACCUGCGUAGAGCCUUUGAACGUUUUGGGACCAUAACAGAAGUGGAUAUAAAGAGGGCUGUCCGAGGGCAAGCUUCUACCUAUGGCUUUCUCAAAUUUGAAAACUUGGAUAUGGCACACCGGGCCAAGAUGGCCAUGUCUGGGAAACUUAUCUUGCGUAAUAUUGUAAAGAUUGGCUAUGGCAAAGCAACGCCAACCAACCGCUUGUGGGUGGGGGGGCUGGGGCACUGGGUUCCAAUGACUGCCCUUGCAAGGGAAUUUGACAGGUUUGGCACCAUCAGAUAUAUUGACUACCGCAAAGGGGACAGCUGGGCUUAUAUACAGUAUGAAAGCCUGGAUGCUGCUCAAGCUGCAUGUACCCAGAUGAGAGGAUUUCCUUUAGGAGGCGAGCACAGAAGGCUUCGAGUCGAUUUUGCUGACACAGAAAUCCGUUAUCAGCACCACUACCUACAACCGUUAUCACUACCCCAUUAUGACUUGGUUGGGGAUUCAUUUGGACACCGGGCUCAAGAUCCUAUUAGACCUGCAAAUCGCACACCCCCUGUCUUAUACAGAGACAGGGAAAGAGAACUAUAUACUGACAAUGAGUGGGCACCGCCAUCUGUCAGAGACAGGAAUAGAACUACAUAUGAUGCUCUGGAAACAAUUGACCGUCGGGUUGAUGGUUGGUCUGUGGACCGAGAUCGUGAAAGAGAUAUUGUAAACCGAGAUCAGCCAAGGAAAAGGAGGCUAAUUGAUGAAAGUCGUCAUUUAGAUAGGUCUCCAGAGAGUGAUCGGUCCAGAAAAAGACCCUGUGCUACUCCAGAGCAUACUCCUGAUGACGCUGGAGGACGUGAUAGCCGUUAUAGUGAAACUGAUAGAGCAACAAAUCGAACUGAUCGUCCUUCCCCACCCAGAGAAAGAAGGGGAAGCAUUGACAGAAACCAAGUAGACAGGCGUGACAUAAAGAACUCUGUUGAAAGAGACAGGAAGCACAGAAACCUGGAAAUUAAAAGUCCUUUAAAAAAGGAUGAGCCAAGUAGAAAAAUUAAAUCUCCUCAAAAACAAGAUGUUCCACAGAAACUGUGCUUGGCAUGGCAAGGUAUGCUGCUUCUGAAAAACAGUAAUUUUCCGUCCAACAUGCAUCUACUACAAGGAAAUCUUGGUGUUGCAACUAGUCUGCUUGUUGAAGGAACUUCUGGUGGAAAAGUAGCCCAGUUAAAGAUUACUCAACGACUGCGCCUCGACCAGCCCAAGCUGGAUGAAGUUACUCGACGCAUCAAAGUGGCAGGGCCUAAUGGCUAUGCUAUCCUGCUUGCUGUUCCUGGUUCCUUUGGGGAUAGUUCUCUUGGAGAUCAAGCAAGCUCAACUCAACGACCUCUGAGGAACCUUGUAUCCUAUUUAAAGCAAAAGCAGGCUGCUGGUGUCAUAAGCCUUCCUGUAGGGGGUAAUAAAGACAAAGAUCACACUGGUGUUCUACAUGCUUUCCCACCUUGUGAAUUUUCCCAACAGUUUUUGGAUUCAUCAGCAAGAACCCUUGCUAAAUCAGAGGAAGACUACCUUAUUAUGGUUAUAGUGCGUGGGGCAUCCUAAUUCAAUGUUCGUAUUUACCUACCAUGUUCACAAGGUAUUAUGGGAUACAGUAUAAUCUUAGUUUUGUUAUUGGUAUUCCAGUCUAUGUACUGAAGUCUGUACCCUGUUAAGAAAAUCAUAUAUAGUCUUAUACUGGUUAGGUAUCAGUUAUGUACUUCAGUCAACAUUUUCCUGUCUGCUAGUUGUAGCCUUAAUACAUGCUUUGAUCUAAUGGCAAAUUUGUAUGGAUAUGUAGAAUAUCUCUAUGAAUAUUGAGACGUCUCAUAUAUUAUAAUUCCAUUUUGUUUGUCUAAAGAUCUUGUAGGUUGUAACUCAUAACAUAUUUUAGUAAUUUUUUUUAUUUUAUUUUUUAGCAGGCCCAAUUUCUUUUGGGGAAUUGCACUCCAUUUACCUGAACUUAAAAAAAUGUUUGCUUUUUAAUUUUGUCUAUUACUAACUCCCAUGCUCCAUCUGUGUUUCAAUUACUGUGCCAAGAUACUCUAAUCUAGCUAGUUUGUGUCUUGUGCUGAAUUGACCCCUCCAUCAGUUAUUUUGAUGACAAGUUAGCACUAACCAUUUGGUCUAGGAUGUGCUUGCUUUUUCUUCCUGAUGGAUACGGUGACAAGCUAUAACCUACAAGAUUAAUUUUAUAUUCAAUAAGCCUUUUUUUCUGUUACAGGCUUUUAACUACAGCACUAAAAAGAACUGGAGUUAAGGUUACUGAGCCUCUGGUUUAUUUGUUUUUGAUUUCACUGGAAAUUGGCAAAAAACUGAACCAUUCAGGGCUUUAAAAAAAUAAUUUAUAAAGAACAUCCCAUGUAAUGCAAAGUAUAUGAAUUAUUUUGUAAUAUCAAAAACAUGCAUUACAGAGAUGCUGUGACAAAAUGUCUCAUUAUUGAGAAUUCAAUUCCAUCUUUACAAUGUGCCAGCAAACACCUUUUGAAACCGUAUCCAUGCUGUCAAACAUACACAUUUAACAGCUUGUCCCAAAAUGACUUGUGGUGUUCCAUAUUUCUUAGCAUGCAACCAUUAUUGUGAGUUCCAUGUUCUGUCAUCUGAGUUUUGGCAACUGCCCAUGCAGUUAGUAUAUAUUAACAGUGCAAUGUAUAAAGUGAAUACUUGACAGCUGCUUUGUCAUCCACUUAAGCGUUUUUAUAUUUUUCUUAUGACCCUGGAUGUUUCAUAUUUUUUUUUUUGUGUGUGUGAGUGAAUAACAUGGUGUUCUUCAUGCAUUCAUUUAGAUGUGCAUCUUAAAAUAUAGUUGCAUCUAAGUUCUGUUUUCCCAAGAUGGCCACCAAAGUUUAAUUCACUAAACACCAAAUGUUAGCUAAUUGAAAUCUGACAAAACACCAGAUUUGGAAACGUCCUCUAUUUUUAACCUUAAUUUUGACAUUUGGUUUUCAAUUCGCUAACGUUUGGGUUUAGUGUAAAACCACUUGUGUGCAGCCUACAAGGGAGGCAAUAUGGGAUUCCGCAAACAUGUCCGUAUGCUAAAGAUCCAUUGGCAUGUCUCCUCCAAAUGCAUCUUUGCAGUUAGUGUAGUCUGCAUGCCAGCUUUGCACUUUUUUUUUACUGCAGCAAAUGUCCACCCUUUUAAUGGUUAGUCUGUACUAUAACAUACCUAAUGCAAGAAUGAGCAUCAUCUUUUAUUGCAGAGCCUGGGCAUUUUUUUUCUAUUUGUCCCAGGGGAGUAAUAAGAAAAUGCCAUCACACAAUUAUUCCACAGUCGAUUUAACAUUAAAGUUGGUUUUACUCCUUCCUGAAAAACCG